UAGAUUUUGAGACUUUGACAUGUUUUCAAUGUUUUCUACGUUUUGUUGACGGUUAUUUUAGUUUUAUCGAUAAGGUGUUUUCUAGUUUUACAUAUUCAUGCUAAACAAUGGAAGGCGCUUACAGUGACAAAUAUUCUUUUAUUGGAGAAUGGUACGAUAAUCAGGCUUGUUUUAUUCGGCGUUUCAAUGUUUUUUAUUAUCCUGUUGAUAAUACAUUAGAAAUGUACGAUAUAAAAAACCGAAAAACGUUUGUAAGAAGAGUUAAAGUUAACGGAAUCAAUCUGGAAAACUUUUACAUUGGCUGCACAUUGUCCAUUUUGGGACGAUUAAUUAAAAUUGUAGACUUUGCUUGUGAAAAUACUAGAAAACUAUUACAUAAAGAUGUGCAAGUUACCUUUGCAAUGAUCAAACCAUUGCCCACCAAAAUUGUUGGUAAGAUAGUAAAGCAUCUAAAUGACCAUGGACUGAGAAUAUCUAAAAUGAAGAAAGCCAGACUUACCGCUGAUGAUAUACACAUACUUUAUAGAUCUUUAGUGGGUGAUUCAACAUUUCCCUUUUUGCUAGAACACCUCAGUGGACAACUGGUGUAUGGAAUGGAGUUAGUUGGAAAGGAGUCAGUAUCAAAUUGCAUUAAAAUCUUAGGAGAUAAAGAUCCACAUAAAGCAGAGCCCGGUACAAUUAGAGCUUUGUAUGGAACUGAUUCAGUCAGAAAUUGUGUACAUGCAGCAUCCAACCCAGAAGAUGCUUUACAAGACAUAGAGUAUUUUUUCCCUCCCCCACCCCUACGUUCGACACGUCUCCGUCUUACAGCGACAUUAUCAAACUGUACACUUUGUAUUGUAAAACCUCAUGCAAUUAGAGAAGGGAAAUUAGGCACUGCGUUAGAAAUUAUUGAUGAAGGAGGUUUUGAAGUCACGGCUUUAAAUAUGUUUAUUGUAGAGAUUGAUAAUGCUGCAGAAUUUUAUGAAGUGUACAAAGGGAUUGUACAGGAGUACAAGGGUAUGGUUGAAGAGUUAGCAAGUGGUCCAUGUGUUGCCAUGGAAAUAGUGGCUAAAGAUAAAAGUGUGGUCACGGCUGUAGAAUUUAGAAAACUUGUCGGUCCAACAGAUCCUGAAAUAGCAAGAUUAUUGCGUCCCCACACAUUGAGAGCUAAAUUAGGUAAAACGAAAGUGCAAAAUGCAAUACAUUGCAGUGACUUGGAUGUUGAUGGUUUGUUAGAGGUGGAAUAUUUCUUCAAAAUUCUAGAUCUUUAAAAUAAGGCUGUUUACUUAAUUAGAUUUUUUUAUUUGCUUGAGAAGCACCUAUGAUAUAUGAAAAUGUAUUAGGUACAAACUCCUUGGAGGCUUUAAUUCUAGUCUAAUCUAACUAGAAUGGAUAAUUCGAAUAUUUAUGUGGUAGCAAUGUAUUCUUCUUAAGACAUGAAUUAAAGUCUCUAGCAGUUGUACUAUUUGAUUUGUAUUCUGUCUCAAUUGUGAGUUUCCACUGUCGCGAUACUUGUAUAAAAACACUGCCCUCUUAUUUUCUUUGAAAAUGUAUAUUAUACAAGUGUUAUGGAAUUCAUGGUAAUUUCUAAUUUUGGUGGUGUUCAUACUCAGAAAUAUUGUUCAAUCAAGACUGAUUUUGCUAACUUUAUUGUGUUAUUUUAAAGCUGCUAUAA